AUGACUAUAAAGAACCAACGAUUCUCUCUUCUUAAACAACCUAUAGCCUCUACACUUAACCAGCGUUUGAUAGAUCAUCCAACCCCGAGCAAUCUUAGUUAUUGGUGGGGGUUCGGUCCGUUAGCUGGUAUUUGUUUAGUCAUUCAGAUAGUGACUGGCGUUUUUUUAGCUACGCAUCACACACCUCAUGUGGAUCUAGCUUUCAACAGUGUAGAACACGUUAUGAGAGAUGUUGAAGGGGGCUGGUUGCUCCAUUAUAUGCAUGCUAAUGGGGCAAGUAUGUUUCUCAUUGUGGUUUACCUUCAUAUUUUUCGUGGUCUAUAUUAUGCGAGUUAUAGCAGUCCUAGGGAAUUUGUUCGGUGUCUCGGAGUUGUCAUAUUCCUAUUAAUGAUUGUGACAGCUUUUAUAGGAUACGUACCACCUUGGGGUCAGAUGAGCUUUUGGGGAGCAACAGUAAUUACAAGCUUAGCUAGCGCCAUACCUUUAGUAGGAGAUACCAGAGUGACUUGGCUUUGGGGUGGUUUUUCCGUGGACAAUGCCACCUUAAAUCGUUUUUUUAGUUUCCAUUAUUUACUCCCCUUUAUUUUAGUAGGCGCCAGUCUUCUUCAUCUGGCCGCAUUGCAUCAAUAUGGAUCAAAUAAUCCAUUGGGUGUACAUUCAGAGAUGGAUAAAAUAGCUUCUUACCCUUAUUUUUAUGUAAAGGAUUUGGUAGGUCGGGUAGCUUCUGCUAUCUUUUUUUCCAUUUGGAUUUUUUAA